AUGGCGAAGUCUACCAACCACACCGCGCACAACCAAUCGUACAAGAACCACCGCAACGGUAUCAAGAAGCCGAAGCGCGUUGGGAAGCCGUCCACGAAGGGGAUGGAUCCGAAGUUCCUCAAGAACCAAAAGUUCGCCAAGAGAGGUAGCUUGAAGGCGGCCGGCAAGAAGUAA